CAGUCACACCAACAACAAUCACAACAACAGUCACACCAACAAGAAUCACAACAACAGUCACACCAACAAGAGUCACAACAACAGUCACAAAUACAACAAUCACAACAACAGUCACAACAACAACAAUCACAACAACAGUCACACCAACAACAAUCACAACAACAGUCACACCAACAACAAUCACAACAACAGUCCACAAACAACAAUCACAACAACAGUCACAACAACAACAAUCACAACAACAGUCACACCAACAACAAUCACAACAACAGUCUCACCAACAACAAUCACAACAACAGUCACAACAACAACAAUCACAACAACAGUCACACCAACAACAAUCACAACAACAGUCACACCAACAAGAAUCCCAACAACAAGAAUCAUAACAACAGUCACACCAACAACAAUCACAACAACAGUCACACCAACAACAACCACAACAACAGUCCCACAAACAACAAUCACAACAACAGUCACACCAACAACAAUCCCAACAAGAAUCCCAACAACAAUCACAACAACAGUCACACCAACAACAAUCACAACAACAGUCACAACAACAAGAAUCACAACAGUCACACCAACAACAAUCACAACAACAGUCACACCAACAACAAUCACAACAACAGUCACACCAACAAGUAUCACAACAACAGUUACACCAACAACAAUCACAACAACAGUCACACCAACAACAAUCACAACAACAGUCACACCAACAAGAAUCACAACAACAGUCACAACAACAGUCACACCAACAAGAAUCACAACAACAGUCACAACAACAAGAAUCACAACAGUCACACCAACAACAAUCACAACAACAGUCACACCAACAACAAUCACAACAACAGUCACACCAACAAGUAUCACAACAACAGUUACACCAACAACAAUCACAACAACAAUCACAACAACAGUCACACCAACAAGUAUCACAACAACAGUUACACCAACAACAAUCACAACAACAGUCACACCAACAACAAUCACAACAACAGUCACACCAACAACAAUCACAACAACAAGAAUCACAACAACAAUCACAAUAACAGUCACACCAACAACAAUCACAACAACAGUCACACCAACAACAAUCACAACAACAAUCACAACAACAAUCACAACAACAGUCACACCAACAACAAUCACAACAACAAUCACAACAACAGUCACACCAACAACAAUCACAACAACAAUCACAACAACAGUCACAACAACAGU